AUGACCUUCCUCGGCCGCGGCACCCCCCGAGACCGACAAAAGGGAGCAGAAUUGAUUCGCCAGAGCAAAGCCAAGGACUUUGAAUUUGGCGAGAGCUCUCUCGAUGCACAGAAGCUCGUCGCAUCCCUCAGUCCGGCAGCCUGUGAGCUCUUCAAGUGGUGCAAAUUCGGCUCGGACUACGAUUGGCUGUGUCAGCACCUGAUGGCCAUCUGUCUUCUCGGCGGUUUCGGAGUCGCCAAGGAUCAAAUCCGCGCUGUGGGUAUUCUGCACGAACUUGCGGACGAAGGCCGGGAGAUCAGCGAGUACUGGCUUGGACAGUGCCACAAGAAUGGCUGGGGAGUCGUCAAGAACGCCCAGCGAGCCGAAAUAUGGUAUCGCCGCGCCGCACAGCACGGGAAUGCAUGCGCCCAGUUCAAGCUUGGGGAGAGUCUGUAUUCCGGGGACGGCGGAGCGAAGAACCUGCCCGAGGCUGCCGAGUGGUUCACCAAGGCUGCGAUUCAGGGCAACUCCGAUGCCCAGUGGAAUCUUGGCUAUUGCUACGAAAACGGGCUGGGAGUCGACCAGAACUCCACGGCCUGCAUGACCUGGUACCGCCGAGCCGCCGAGCAGGGCCAUAUCAAAGCUUCCACGCGCAUUGGGCUCCAAACAAGCUUGAGCUUCGCGUGGUUCGGUCAGCGAUAG